CUCUCCACCACAUCGCACCACUGCGGUAGGAGCGGGGACGGCAGCAGCGCAGGGCGACCCGGCAGGCACAGUUCACGAACAAAUCCAGGUGGCGAGUGAGUCUCUCUGCCGACUUUAUCACAGAGGAGGACUUUACCUGAGAGGACGUAUAACAGCAGCUCCCAGGGCACUCCUACACAGCCCAGCGAGAGCGAAGGAGGGACAACUUUUGGCUAUUGCUCCGUGAUUUUUACCCCAUCUCCGUAACCUUGGAAGUCAGACCUGUUUAUUGUGAGAGAGGAUGGGACCGCUACUCCUUUCCAUCGCCCUGUGUUUGAGCGCCGCUGCCCCGCAGCAUGCGAAAGAUGCAUCAGUGAAGUCCUGUCUCUUCACCUGCAACACGCACCAGGCACAAAAGCUAGCAGCAGAUGGUGAGGAACCAACUUCAGCAGGCCCUUGCCACCCAAACCCUUGCCACAACAGAGGAACAUGUGAGAUCAGCGAGACCUACAGGGGCGAUACCUUCAUUGGUUACGUCUGCAAGUGUCCACCAGGCUUCAGUGGAGUUCACUGCCAACACAAUAUUAACGAAUGUGAAAGGGACCCAUGCAAGAAUGGGGGCAUUUGCACAGACCUGGUUGCCAACUAUUCCUGCGAAUGCCCAGGGGAGUACAUGGGGAGGAACUGUCAAUACAAAUGCUCUGGACCACUGGGCAUGGAAGGUGGUAUAAUCUCCAACCAACAGAUAACAGCCUCUUCCACCCACCGUGCUCUCUUUGGCUUGCAGAAGUGGUACCCGUACUUUGCACGCCUCAACAAGAAGGGCCUGGUCAAUGCCUGGACUGCUGCCGAAAAUGACAGAUGGCCGUGGAUCCAGAUAAACCUGCAGAGAAAAAUGAGGGUCACAGGCCUAAUUACCCAGGGUGCAAAGCGUAUCGGCAGCCCAGAGUACGUCAAGUCUUACAAAGUAGCCUACAGUGAUGACGGGAAGACCUGGAGAACAUACAAAGUCAAGGGCAAAGAUGAGGAUAUGAUUUUCAGAGGAAAUGUCGAUAACAACGCUCCAUCAGCCAACUCCUUCACCCCUCCCAUUGAAGCCCAGUAUGUGCGCAUUUACCCCCAAGUCUGCAGGAGGCACUGUACCCUCCGCAUGGAGCUGCUUGGUUGUGAGCUAACUGGCUGCUCUGAACCACUGGGAAUGAAGUCAGGCCAUAUCCAGGACUACCAAGUCACAGCCUCCAGCAUCUUCAGGACGCUCAACAUGGACAUGUUCACUUGGGAGCCUGGAAAGGCCCGGUUGGACAAACAGGGCAAGGUCAAUGCUUGGACAGCUGGACACAGCGACCAGUCACAGUGGCUACAGGUGGACUUGCUUGUGCCUACCAAGGUCACAGGUAUCAUCACCCAGGGAGCUAAAGACUUUGGCCAUGUCCAGUUUGUCGGCUCAUACAAACUGGCAUACAGUAAUGAUGGAGAGCGGUGGAAUGUAUAUCAAGAUGAGAAACAGGGGAAAGACAAGGUAUUCCAAGGGAACUUUGACAACGACACACACAGAAAGAACGUGAUAGAUCCACCCAUCUACGCUCGGCUCAUCCGGAUCCUUCCCUGGUCAUGGUAUGGCAGGAUCACUUUGCGUGUAGAAAUACUCGGAUGUACAGAGGAAGAGUGAAGUCCUUUCCACCAUCUUUCUUGCCAUCGUCCCCUGUCCCUUGGCAUACUGGAGGAUCUCACCCAGUAUUUCAAAAAUAAACUGUGCAACCUGUAAAAAUAAAUAAAUUUCCAAUGGAUUUUUCAAGAAUAGGUGUUUGGUCGUGGUGGGUUGCUGUUUGUUCUUUUGUACAAUGAUUUAAAACCUGCCCCUGAUCCACUUUUGUCUUUUAGUUUCCUCUUUAAUGCGUGAUCUUUGUCUUUUUAUUCUUCUCAAGAUUUACCAUCCUGUUUGGAAUGAACUUCUGUAAUAUAUAUGGGAGGGAUGGGGUUGGUGGUGGAGUCGGAAAGGGGGUCUCACUGUGGUUUUAACUUGUUGCCAUGGAAGCUAUUGUACAGUGUCACUUUUUAACAAAGAUGUGAAAUCUGUCUGCUGUGCUUCAUCGAACAUGAUUAACCAACUUCAUAACAUCACUGAACUGUCUAAAAUACCAUGUGGAGAUCACACGUUAUCACAUUAUUAUUAUAUGAUAUAUUUUUACUUUGAUUACUACACUUCCUCAAGCCAUGCUUUUACCCUAAUGGACACUGAUAUUACUACAUCAAUCAAAACACUAUUAUUGCUCUUGUAUUAUAUGUAAAAGACUAAGAAAUUGCAUGGCGCGUGAAUUAUAAAUGUAUAUUAUGACAAAUCAUUUAAAACCUCCAGCCCUGAGAGCAAUGGCUUUGAUUUAGGGACCUAUUUUUCUGUGCAUUUUUAAAUAGUUCUGAAACAUUACAACACACUGCAAAAGCUUACUGAAAAAGACUGAUAUGUGAGACAAUAAACAAGCACUGCAGUUAAACGUGGUUCUGCAGCACUGACACUUAUACUUACUAGGCUUAUAGGCUGUCUCUAGUUGAAAUGUCUUAAUGCUUAAUUUUAUUUGUAUCUAUUUCAUUAACGCUACACUUUUUCUAAGAUAUUUGGAAUUAUUGUUUGUGCUCGUUCUUUUUUAAUAUUUAUUUAGAUUUAUUUGUCUCAGCUGUCAGAUGCAUACAAUCUGUCUUUAAUGUCUUCGUGUUGUCUUGGAGAUCUAAGUUAAAUCAAUUAAAAAGCUCAGGAUAGAUGUCAUUCAUAAUAACCCACAAAAUAAUAACUUUUGGCCAACUAUUUAAAGAUUUAUGUGUGUUGUUAUUUAAAGGAAAUGCCAGAUGAGUGAGAGCAAUUAUUUAAAUCAUGUCCAUAUAUACAUAAUUCAAAUAUUGAAAGCAGUCUUUUAUUUCCUUUAAUCCCUUUGAUAUGAUAAAUGAUAAUUGUUAAUAAUUAAGUUCUUUAUUUUCAAAAGAGAGCAAAUGUCCAAGAUUAAUAAUAUAUUAAUAUAUGUCAUUAUCUCAAACCUACAAUGAUGAUGAGCCAUGGUAACAGUACAGUUCUCUAAAUUCAAUAUGGGCAGGGUCUUUGUUUCAGGGGAUCUGAUCUUUACUAUCGUACUGGAUGAGAAAUAAUAUAGUAAUGAAAUGAUAAAGAACUUGUGGGUAUUUUUAUAUGACAUGACAGCAGCACUCUGCAUGUUCAAUUGGUUUCAAGGUGCUAAAAAUAUUUAGACACAUUAAGGUUACAGGGGAUAAAGAUGCCAUUAUGCCAAUCACAUCAAAACAUUCUGUUUGUGGGUUCUGCUGUUGGCUGCAUCCUGCAGUAAAUGAACAUCGAUGCUUGGCUGUUUAGAUAAAGGGACAGUACCUGAGGUAUCGCAGAGGUGUCAAACCUUACAGCCCAUUCUACACGGCUUAAAAAUAUGCCUAGAUUACUCCAGUGGUUUCCACUCUUCACUAGUUUUCCCAAUGCUCUCGAGUGCUAGAAUAAGAGCUGAAGGGAGCCAUGUCUACUUUUAUGCUUCAUGUUUCACUUAAGACUUGUCAGCUUUCAGUCAUUUACCUACCUACCUUACAACUAACCAAUCAUUUCAUAUUGUAGACAUACAAUGUAUUGCAGAUUGCAGCCCAUCCUGAAAGGGAAAGCAAGACAUUACUUAAGACAGAGUGCCACUGUUAUUUUCAUCCCUUUAUAUAUAUCAUGAAUAAAAAUGCAUUGGAAUCAAACAUUUUUGGAUUUAGUUCUACAUCCAAAAUGAUGAAAAGCACAGAAAGAAAAAAACAUCAAGAAAUGUGUCACCAUCCAAAUAUUUCAGAGCUUACUUCAUUGUUGCGUGCCAGCGCAUUUUCAGCUGUCGCCAUCAACAUGGAUGUUGUUGUAGUUGACAAGUAACCAUAGGAAGUCUGAAAACAAAACAAAAACAUUUUUGAUUGUUAUCUGGAUAACUGGUAUAGCCAAUUGUAUUCUGGUUUGGCAAAUAACAAUAUGAUAUACAGUAUAUGAUAUAGUAUACUAUAAUGGCCCUGAUGUGUUUCAAGAUAGGGAUAUCUUGGAAAAGUUUACUCGUUAUGUUGCCAAACUCGACCUGUACUUCAAUGUAAGUUACACUCAAAGACUUUGCUGUACAUUACCAAUAUGUGAAAAUUGUUAUUGGUGUGUCAUUCCUUCAUGGACACAGGAUAAGUAUAAACAGAUUAUUUCUCACAGAUUAUUUGUCUUCAACAUGUUCCAUUUUGACUCUUCAAUUGUUUAUUGCCAAACAGCUAUAUCUUGGCCAGCAUCUGCUCUGAUUGAUCUUUGUAGUCAGCUUCCUGUCAGCAGGCCUGCUACAAAGCUUUGAGGAAGUGUGGAUGAUGUAUGAGUUUGAACAGUACAGUACAGAAUAACAAACAUGUCCACAGGCACAUUAUGUUCUUGCAUAUCAUAAAGAUCUAACAGCCUUUACUUUGUACUCAGCAUUGAUUGUCUCGUGCAUUGUGAAACUUCAUCUCACAGGUUCAAAAAGGGAGCAAAGUGAAAAACUCAUCCUGUCUUUGUAUUUCUGUGUCUGCUGUUAUCACAUAUAAUUUCUUACCUCUUCAGUCUGAGUGUCAAUCACUAUCUAGAAAAUGUACCUAUUAUAAUGGUGGUUAGGUUCAAGCCUGCAGAGGAGAGUGAGAAACUGUGUACAGUCCAAAAAAAAAAGUUGCUUCAAACAAAAGCUCUUUCAGUUUGACAAAUAAAAACAUAUCUGUGAAAAUGA